AUGAAUCUGUUAUUGUGUGCGGCGGAUGUUAUGGAGAUUGCAACUCCUCGAAGAUUUAGUGUUAUGAUCGGUGUUGUUCUCGGUGAUUCUCAACGAAGCGAUUCAGGCAUCAUUCCUCUCUCAAAACGAUUUAGGGUUUUUUGGUACAAGCCUGUUCACUGUGGAUAUGUUGCUUCAAAGUAUCUUCACGAAUGUAUUGAUUUGGGAGGAAUAUCAAGUAUAAAAUGCAUAAGAGCAAGGGGAACACAAGCCCUAACACCAAUGCAGAGCAACCCAACUGACAUUCCUAAUGGUUUCAUUCCAUUUUCCGCGAGUUGGCAUUCAUAUGUGAUUAGUAAUCGAAAAAAUGAGAAUUCCAUGGUAAUGAGCUUCAUUGACAGGAAAACUCUACAGAACUCUGCUGAUGAUUAUCCAAAAAUUGUUGACCUACUUUGUCGGUUUUCCAUUCAUCAUAAAAAUGUGAGCUUCUCCUGCAGAAAGCAUGGAGCUGGUGCAACCGAUGUUCACUCAGUUGCUAUGUCUACAAGGCUAGAUGCAAUCAUAUCUGUGUAUGGAGUCUCAGUUGCUCGCAGUCUGAUGAAGAUAGAGGCUAGCUUUAGAUGCUAA